AUGAGUACCGCAUCUACGGAAAACGCGGCAUCCAAUGACGAAGCUGGGGCUGCAAGUCCGACUGGGCUAAACCGCACUUGUGAGGUAUGCCUUUACAUUGAUAUCUAUGUACCCUCUUCUCGACGAAGGCGCAACAAGAACGACACAAGGAUCAAAGCUCUCGAGCAGAAGCUACAAGAACUCCAAGAUGCAAUUUCUGAGACUCCGGCUCAACUCGAUACGGAAAUUCCAUAUCCAGAUCCACUGGACUCUCAGUUCAUGAAUACAUCUCUAUUCUCCGACCCUCAGCAGCAAUCGACUUCUCUAGGAGAUUCAUUACCGCCUUUGGGAUUUGUAUCAACAGGCGAUCCUUAUUUAACGUCAGACGAUCCUGUUUCAGUCGGCUUGGUCAGCUCCGAAUUCGCCCACGAAAUGUUUUCGACUUUUUGCGUGAACAUGGCAUCUAUUUACCCUCUGGUACUUUUUCCCUCACAUUGGACUUGGCAGCAUACCAGGAGCAUCAAGCCUGCUCUUUUCAGGGCGGUUCUAUCAGUUGCCUCAAGCAGUCAUGAACCAGAAUGUUGCAAGAUGUUGUUUCGCGAUACUGCCAAAUAUGUGGCUGAAGAAGUUGCCGUGCACGGUAACAGGUCUCUUGAUUUGGUUCAAGCAUACCUCGUUUUAUCAGCAUGGUAUUUUCCCAUGGAGAAUUUUCAAAAGCUAAUGUUCAGUCAAUACGCAAAUAUGGCUGCCACAUUGGUGUUGGACUUGAAGUCUUCAAAUGACGAGCAGUACAAGAUUCCAUCGGCAAAUGAGUCCUUUCUCCACUCAGAACAGUUGAUCGAAACAUGUAGAACAUUUAUAGCAUGUUACUUUCUUUCUUCGAGUAUGGCAUUUUCGUGGCGACGUCCUUCGGUCCUCCGCCAUGAACCUUGGCUCGACGAUUGCAUCAGUGUACUCGAGACAGCUCCAAACGUUCAUCCAAACGACCGACGGCUCAUAGAAUGGACAAAGCUUCAGAUAAUUGCAGAAGAAAGCAUGUCAGCGACCGGACUGUACAGCGGAGCCCAUGUCAACUUCUCGGACGAUAGCAUCUGCCGGGUUCUGAAAUAUGGCGUGGAUCGUGUGACGGCAUGGAAGCGACAAGUUUCCACAGACAUUAUACACAAGCCGAUGAUAAUCCACUACCACAUGAUUUUGAUAAGCCUCCAUGAGCCGGCAUUCUACGAUGGGCAUGACAUGGAAGAUUUCCGGCCGCCAUACAAAUUACGUCCUCUUCCUCUGGCCAAGAAUCUGGACAACUAUUAUUCUUUAAACGUCGCCAACUCACUUGCACAAUGCGUCGCGUCAGCGCAAAAGGUGAUUCACACGUUUCUGGACAUCCCAAUCGAAAUUCUCCAAAUAAUGCCAGUAAUUGUCUUCACCAGAAUCACAUAUGCGGCUGUGAUUCUAAUGAAGUUUGAUGUUUCGGCUCGAGUGCCACAGAGUGUUGCAUGUCUACUAGACGAUAUCGAGUUUAACCCAAAGGUGCUCUUGUUACAGUUGCUCAACAAACUGACGUUGGCCGAAGGAAGCAAGCGUCUUGUUGUGCCAUCUGUCUUUCGUGGGGCGUUAUCGAGGAUGACGAGGUGGUACAUUGAUCAGUUUGAGAGCUUGCAGGCCCCAGAUCAAGGCGAUAUUUUUGAACCUAUGAUGCAUGUGGGAAUCGAUGCUCAGCGCAGUCCCGAUACUGGUCUCAGUCACACUGGAAGUGUUACAUCAGAUACCAGCAUUUUGCCGUUGCAUCACUUCCAUAAAGAUUAUUUAUAG